AUGUCAAGUCGUGGUUCGAAGUCCGACGGAAAAGGUAGCAAAGCGAGUGGCAAGAGUGAACGGCCGAAGGCCAAAGAUGGUGAGGUGAUUAGUGAAUUGGUCGGUGAUAAAGGUAGUGAUGAUGUGGUAGUGGUCGAGGAAGGCAAGGAGAAGACCGUCGAUGGAUACACCUGCAAGACCUGCGGAGGAGGCGACACGGAUGAUAUGGUUCAGUGCGACCAGUGCGACGGAUGGCAUCACUACAAUUGCGUGGGAGUCACAGAUGAAGUUGUCAACCAGAGCUGGAGUUGUACCAACUGCAAGACUGCGACAUGGAACCAGCGAACAACGUCAACCUCAGGUGAAGAUCCUGCGCCGAAAGAUGUCCACCAACAACACUCGUCCAAGCGUGCUUCAUCUCAAAAACGAGUUUCCACGACAGGUCCGGAGAAUCCAUCAAACGGCAAUCCGCCGUCACCGAAGUCAACAGAUCCAACCGUGCAUCCAUCACAUUCGUCACGUCAUAUGGGAAAUCCGAGUCCUGGAGCGCCCCCAACAGCACAGAUGACCGGGAAGAAGUUGUUCGUUCCGUCGUUGGAAGGGUUACCCGCUAUCCAGCUAGAUGAAGCAUCAUCAGAAGUCUCGUGUUCGUCAUCUCAGAGGUCUGCUCGGAACCGCGCUAAAUUGCAGCUACAACGGUUGGAAGAGGAAAGAGUCUUUGAGGAGCAACAAGCAGAACGACGACGGGUUGCAGAGCAGCUAGAAGCGGAGAAGCACAAAGCAUUCUUGGACAAGAAGUACCAAAUUCUGGAGGAGCUAGCCAGUGAGAGGGGAUCGAGUCGAUGUUCGAGUAGCGUUUACUCUCGGAGUCGUGUGGAGAAUUGGGUUGAAAAAGGGCGUAAUUCGGAGGUAAUGCAGCAGUCUAAUGAACAGCCAGCACGGCGGGAGCGGAGCCAACCAGAUCUGCAACCAGCACAGCGGGAGUUCGACCAACGUCAGCCUGCCAUCCGCAUGUCGAAAUAUUUCAAUCCCAACGUCCAACCACAGUCAACGAGAAUACAGCCUGCGUUGAACCGAGUAACCCGAUCCUUAGCUAAUUCGACGGUUCUAGAGCCGAAUCACGGCGCACUAGGUCAAAGUUGUCCCGUGCAACCAGAUGAUUACGAUCCGUUUCAGCUAUCACGCUCACAAAUCGCAGCAAGGCAAGCGGUUUCCAAGGAUUUGCCAACAUUCUCCGGCAAUCCGGAAGAAUGGCCGAUCUUCCUAUCCAUGUUUAAUAGCACAACAGCUAUGUGUGGAUUCACGGAGGAGGAAAACCUUGUGCGACUGCAACGAAGCUUGAAAGGAAAGGCCUACGAAGCGGUUAAGUGUAGAUUGAUGCAUCCUGGAAACGUCCCGGGCAUAGUGAGCACACUGAAAAUGCUAUUUGGUCAACCGGAGAUCAUUGUGCACUCGUUGAUCGGAAAGAUCACUUCGCUACCCCCGAUACGCGAAGAUCGUCUCGAGACGUUAGUAGACUUCGCCGUCAACGUGCAGAACUUCUGCGCAACGGUUGACUCAUGCGGGCUAGAAGAGUACAUGUACAACGUAAGUCUUCUCCACCAGCUUGUUGGGAAGCUUCCACCGUCAAUCAAGCUAAACUGGGCGCAACAUCGAAAGACGCAGCUGGCGGUCAACUUGGCGACCUUUAGUGAGUGGAUCUACUCGCUAGCCGAAGCUGCAAGUACGGUAACAUUCCCAACGGAGUCGGCAAAGGAAAAACCGAUGCGGAACGAGCCUCGUCGGAAAGGAAAAGGAGAAACGUAUCUCAAUGCCCAUUCAGAAACACAGAUCAGGCACGAUGCGAGCUUCAAACAGCCAAAGCAGUCGUUUACAGCACUGGAGAAGGAGACCUGCCCGGUGUGCAAGGGUAACUGCAAGUCCGUUGACAAAUGCAAGCGGUUUCAGGAGUUUUCGAGAGAAUCCCGGUGGGCAGUCGUCCGAGAGUUCGGGCUUUGUCGAACGUGCCUUCGGCAACACAAAGGAACCUGCAAGGCGAAACCUUGCGGUAAAGACGGAUGCUCCUUUCGGCACCAUGAGCUGCUGCACAACGAGCUAAAAUCCAAGUCACACCAAAGCACUACUGCAGCUGGGAAUCCAGAGUCUUCGCAGCCAACAACAAGCGGUGCCGAGCAGGGUUGCAAUACACACCAGACAGUGUCUAGCUCGGUUCUCUUCCGCUAUCUUCCAGUUAUUUUGUCGGGGCCAGAGAAAACGAUUCAUACGUAUGCCUUUCUUGAUGAAGGUUCAGGAACAACGCUGCUCGAUCAAGAUCUAGCAGAUGAACUGCAACUGGAUGGCACGCCAAAUCCAAUAUGCCUUCGAUGGACGGGUGGUACCGAGCGCUGCGAGAAGGACUCUUGCAUAGUUCGCCUACAAGUCGCCGGACGUCAUGCAGAUGCCGAGAAGUUUACCUUGGAAGGUGUACAAACGGUCAACGAGCUGCUGCUACCACGACAGACCUUGGACUUUGGGGAACUGAAGCGAUCAUAUCGCUAUUUGGAAGGAUUGCCUAUCGACUCGUACAGCGAAGCUCGCCCUCGCAUCCUUAUCGGCGCAAAGCAUGCGCAACUGGGCUUAACCCUCAAGAGUCGAGAAGGAAAAUUCGGCGAGCCGAUCGCAACUAAGACACGGCUAGGCUGGACAAUUUGCGGUAACCUAGGAUUUGGAGACGCACCGAACAUGUUCCACUACAGCUUUCACGUCUGCUCACUGAACGAAAGCUCGGAGGAUGAUCUACAUCAAGCGAUGAAAGAUUAUUUCUCCAUUGACAGCCUAGGAGUUAAUGCCUCGUCCAAAGUUCUGCUAUCGACUGAAGAUGAACGUGCUGAAUCUCUGCUGAAGUCGUUGACCCGAUUUUCAGGCGACCGUUUUGAGACUGGCCUACUCUGGCGUUAUGACAAUGUCCGUCUGCCAGACAGCCGCCCUAUGGCUUUGCGUCGCCACCGAUGCCUGGAGAAACGCAUGGCGAAUGAUCCUGUUCUCGCAAAAGUUUUGCAACAGAAGAUAUGUGACUAUGCCACCAAAGGAUACAUUCGCAAACUCUCUGAUGAAGAAAUCCGGCAGCAAACCGGCGAAAUGUGGUAUUUGCCUGUCUUCCCGGUAACCAACCCCAACAAACCCGGGAAGGUCCGAAUAGUGUGGGACGCAGCAGCGAAGGCCCAUGGAGUUUCAUUGAAUUCCGUCCUUUUGAAGGGUCCUGAUUUACUUUGUUCCCUACUCGGAAUUCUUUUACGCUUUCGGCUUCAUCCCGUUGCAGUAACAGGAGACAUCCGCGAAAUGUUCCACCAAGUGCAGAUUCGCCGCGAAGACCAGCAAUACCAAUGCUUCUACUGGACGGAUGAGAACGGAGAACUUGGAGUUUACGUUAUGGCGGUGAUGACCUUCGGCGCGUGCUGCUCACCCAGCAGUGCACAAUAUGUCAAGAACGUCAAUGCGGAAAGGUUUAGGAGCGAAUUUCCGGAAGCAUGCGAAGCUGUCAUCAAGUCCCACUAUGUCGACGACAUGUUGAUAAGUGUCGCUACGGAGGAAGAAGCAAUCCAGCUAGCGGAGGAAGUUCGUCACGUUCACGCCCAGGGUGGCUUCGAAAUCCGCAACUGGAUUAGUAAUUCCAGAAGAGUUGUGGAAGCACUGCAGGAGCAGAGUACGAAUGCGGAGAAAAGCCUAGACCUAGCAACCGAAUUAUCCACCGAGAAAUUUCUAGGGAUGUGGUGGAACACAGCGGCUGAUGCCUUCACCUACAAGAUCGGCUGGAAUCGCUACGGUGAAAAGUUGCUCAGGGGCGACCGACGUCCCACAAAGCGUGAAGUGCUACGAGUUCUAAUGACCAUAUUUGACCCACUCGGACUCAUUGCCCACGUUCUCGCCUAUUUAAAAGUCCUUUUACAAGAUAUCUGGCGAUCUGGUGUCACCUGGGACGAGCAAAUCGAAGACGAGGCUUUCGAGAAGUGGCAAAAAUGGUUGACUGUUUUACCGCAAGUUGAAAAUUUGCGAAUUCCCAGAUGUUUCUGGCCUGAGCAUCUGGUCAACGACGCCGAUGAAGUUCAGCUUCACACGUUCGUAGAUGCUGGAAGAGACGGAAUGGCAGCUGUGUGUUUCCUGAGACUCUCUAAGGAUGGGAAAAACUACUGCUCACUCGUCACCGCAAAGGCUAGGGUGGCCCCUCUUAAGCUGACAUCCAUUCCGCGCCUAGAGCUACAAGCAGCAGUGAUCGGAACUCGCCUAUCGCAAACCGUGCUUGAUACUUUGCCGAUUCGGAUCAACAGAAGAUUCUACUGGUCAGACUCUCGGGAUGUGCUAUGUUGGAUCAGCUCUGACCACCGACGCUACAGCCAAUUUGUCGGUUUCCGCAUCACCGAGAUUCUGGAGGUCACUGAGCCUUGUGACUGGCGAUACGUACCAAGCAAGUUGAACGUAGCUGACGAUGCUACUAAGUGGGACGGACUUCCUGAGCUGUCAACAGAAAGCAGGUGGUUUCGAGGCCCAAGUUUUCUCUGGCAAACUGUGGAUAAAUGGCCGCCCUCUAUUUCCCCGAAGGAAGCAACGAACACUGAGCUGAGAACAAGUUUGCUAACUCAUCACUGUGUUCCGGAACCACUCGUUCCCAUACAGAACUUCUCCAGCUGGAAGCGACUGCAACGCGUUGUGGCACUGGUACAACGGUUCAUCACGAACUGUCGCCUGAGAAUACAACGCAAGCCCAUCGUCCGUACACCACUCGCAAACUGCGAACUCCGCACAGCCGAAGCGCAUCUUAUCCGUAUUGCGCAGCAGGAAGGAUACCCGGAAGAGUUUCGCAUACUACAAAAUGCGCAGCAGAAGUCUGCAGAGUCACCAGCACUUCUUCCUAAGUCAAGCCCGCUGUACAAGCUCAUCCCAUGGAUAGACGACCGCGGCAUAAUGCGAAUGAAGACACGUAUCGCCGCCUGCCAAUUUGCUACCGAAGAUGCGAAGAAUCCCAUAAUCCUUCCUAGACAGCACCACAUUACCACAUUAAUAAUAAACCACUACCACAAUAGUUACCACCAUCAGAACCACGAAACAGUGAUAAAUGAGCUGCGCCAAAAAUACCAAAUCGCUCGUUUACGCUCGUGUUACAGUCAAGUUCGCCAGAAAUGCCAAAGAUGCAUGAACGAAAGAGUUAAGCCGACAAUUCCAAUCAUGGCCGACCUCCCACCCGGACGUCUUGCGGCAUUCUGUAGACCGUUUACCCACGUGGGCGUCGAUUACUUUGGCCCUAUUGAAGUUGUUGUUGGCAGAAGACAUGAAAAGCGUUGGGGAAUGUUGGCAACAUGCUUAACUAUCCGAGCCAUACAUAUAGAGCUCGUCCAUUCACUCAGCACCGAUUCAUGCAUAAUGGCCCUCCGGAAUUUCAUCGCUCGACGUGGUCAGCCACGAAAAAUCUACAGCGACCGAGGAACAAAUUUCGUUGGAGCGAACAGAGAGCUGCAGAACCUCCGAACAACAAUGAACCAUGACGAAAUUAUGAGGGAGUUCACAACCACUGAUACCGAAUGGGUGUUCAAUCCUCCGCUAGCACCACACAUGGGUGGUAGCUGGGAACGGUUAAUUCGAACCGUGAAAAACAACUUGUCAGCUGUCUGCUCUACCAAGGCCCUGACUGAUGAAGUCCUGAGGAAUCUCCUAAUCGAGAUUGAAAAUACCGUUAAUGGCCGUCCCUUAACACAUGUACCAGUUGAUGACGACUCCGGCCCGGCCUUAACACCAAACCAUUUCUUGGUCGGUUCCUCGAACGGUACAAAACCUUUGGUUAACCUUGAUGACAGUGGCUACGCUCUCAGGCAGAACAUGUGUACGUCACAGAUCCUAGCGAAUACGUUUUGGAAACGAUGGGUAAGCGACUACCUGCCGGAGAUUACUCGUCGGUCAAAGUGGUUCCAGUUAACCAAGCCUAUUGCGACCGGAGAUAUUGUCGUGAUUGUCGACCCGAAGUUACCCCGAAAUUGCUGGCCGAAAGGACGGGUCAUCUCGACGAAAGAAGGACGCGACAGCCAGAUUCGAUCAGCAACUGUGCAGACAGCCUCUGGAGUCUACGAGCGUCCCGUGGCGAAAUUGGCGGUCCUGGAUAUACAGCGCGUGGAACAGUAA